AUGAUGCCGGCUCCAGGCCCUACGCCUCGCUCGGACAGCAUCGCACCGCUGGUACAUACCUUGUUCGAGGAGCUGACAGAGUCCUGGCAAUAUGUCGUCGCCGAUCCCAUCACCCGCAAGGCCAUAAUCAUCGACCCGCACCUCGACAACAGUCCAUCUGACACGGCGAUUUCCACCAUUGCAGCAGACCGCGUCCUGGCGGUAGUGGAGCAGAAUCAAUACAUCGUCGACUCGAUCGUCCACACGCACGAUAGCCGGAAGCAUCCAUCCUCAGCCUGGUAUUUGCGAUCUCAGCUUCUAGCGACGACCAACGUGGCGCCUCGCGUAAUUACAACCAGGAGGACCAUGACUGCUGUGCAGCGGGUCUUCAAGCGAAAGUACAACAUGGACGAUGGGAGUGCGUGGAACACCGACUUUGGAGGUACCUUUGCCGAUGGACAGACAUWCUCCAUUGGAAAUCUCAAGGCGCAAGUUCUGCACUUGAGCGGAGGUUCUUUUGCGUUUGUCGUUGGCAAACAUCUUUUCACCGCCACAUCAGAUCUGAGCGUCGAGGUCCGCGGCCGACAUGGCAACCUCUUCGGAAACCUCGUGGAUUACCGCAUCUACACGCCAUACGAUAGUCCUCCCGAGCGCAAAGCACGACUCACAGUUCACGACAGCCAGUCUCAAAAGCAGCACGGUCGCAAAUUGGUGAUUCGCUACGCUGCAGAGUGA